GCUCUACUCCGCGUGGGAAAUCGCACGGAGCGGCAUUGGCGGUAUGUUUUGAGGUUUUGAUGCUCGUGCGAUCGUAAGGAGAACUGCGCGUGUAGCUGAAAUGGUGCAGGUAAACGUCAAGUAUGUCGCCACAAAGGUCAACCGCGUUCGUUUUAAGCCAGAGAGUCAUGGUCUGCUAAACAGGCACGAGUACUGUUUGGUUUCUGGCAGCUGGGAUGACAAGCCGAACACACUGUCCUUGUGGGCGUGCUCCGCCAAGCCGAGCGAAGAUUCUCUCGACGCCGGCAUGCGUCGCCUUUACACGGUUGAGCUGGUCUCUGACACCGGUGAUCUCUGUUUUGCAGGUGCAGACAUCUUAGCAGCUGCUCUGUCAUCUGGGGAGGUACGGCUCUACCGCUGCAGUAACAAUGAGCUGCAGGAACAGCAACGAUGGAGCCACUUGCAUCCUGGCUAUCCAUGCACUGCCAUUUCAGCUCGUGGCCCAUCAAAACUCGCCAGUGUCGGUGAGGAUGGCAGACUGUGCCAACUCACUCCUGGUCGCCCUGAGGCAUCAAGAAUUAUUGAAGGAGCCAACAGCGGGUGUCCCACAUGCCUCUCAUACGUACGCCAGGAGCAUGUGAUUGUGGGGAACUUGGCUGGGCACUUGCAGCUUUGGGAUUUGGCAUCACCUGACAGGAGACCAGCACAGGACCUCACAUGGUCUGGCCAACAGGUGACGUGUCUGGCACAGCACCAGAGCCAGGGGCACUUGGUGGCCUGUGGUGCCGCAAGUGGCCAGCUCUCCCUGUGGGACUUGCGCCAGACACGCCUAGCCACGGUCACCCUAGCUGCACCCACCCAGGGUGCCCUUGCUGACAUGGUGUUUGAUCCAGAGGGUAGCCUGCUGUUUUGUGCGCAUGACGGCUCACUGCUGUGCUGGACUACACCUGGUGCCGGAACACCGCGUGGUGAAGUAGACAUGGAUGCCUUGGUUCGUCCUCAAGGCAGACCGCUGAACAGCCUUGAUCUCCAGGGUCCUCUGGUAGCAGCUGGUUCGGACAGUGAAACCCUUCUCCUUUUGUCACACUCUUAGUAAAGAAGCUACGACGCAUGGAAAUAAAAUGAGUGCCCUUUAUUGGUUCAUUAA